AUGCCGGGAUUUGGAACUUUGAAUCCGACUUCACCUUCACAAGAGAGUCCGCCAACUGUUAGAUAUGAAUGGACAGACAAUUGGGACCGCUCUUCCAGUCAACCAGCAAAGCGACGUUUCCUUGAUUUCGAAAAGGAGGCUGUUAAAGAAGCAAGAAGGUACUUGGAAUGUCCAACUCUAGUUGGAGUUGAAACGGACUCUGCAGACAAAAUACAUUUGAACGAAUACGUUUAUGGAGUAAGUGAUUUGUCCUGGUUG